CGGCCUCAUAGUACAAGACUUCCGGUGUAACAAGAUCAACUUCCGGUUAAUAAUAGUCGAUGAAGAUGUGUUUCACUGGCAACCGCUUUUGCUGCUUUUCUGACAGAGUGUGGAAACUUCGUGAUGGUACAGAAGAGAGAUUCUAACCUCACACUGCCUGGCCUCUAGCCAAUAAUGCCGGAGGAAGGCGCAGUCAUGAUGGACACAGAGCCAGGUGACUGUACAUGUGAACCUGUCCAGUUACAGCCGUUCAUCCAUCAGGUGGGCGGUCACACCAGCAUGCUACGCUUCAACGAUGACACGCUCUGCAAACCACUGAUUGAGCGUGAACAGGUCUUCUACCAGGCCAUUCCCCGUGGUCUGAAGCAGUUCACUCCACAAUACAGAGGAGUGAUAGAAGUCCAGCUACACGAGGACAGUGACGGCUAUAUCACACUGAUCGGCUACCCUCCAGACAGUGGCAAAGUCACCUUCCCCAGGAACACUUCCCCAGCCUCCAGUGAGAGUGAUACUGAUACUGCCAGCCCCGUCCUCAACACCAAACACAGACAUGACCGGCCAGGUGAUCCGUACAGCGUGCGCCUGCUGAGGAGUGGCAGCCUUGAAGUGAGCACUCAAACAGAAAAAGUGUUUCACAUGAACGAUCCCAAGUCAGGCAAGCAUGACAAGACGGAGGGGAUCAAUCCGUGGAGCCUUAAGUGCCACAAACGCCAACUGUCCAAGAUGAGGCGUGUUACACAAGGAGCCGGGUCAUUUACAAGCAAAUUUAUUUUACUAGAGAACAUAGCAGCUCAAUGUGAUUUCCCCUGUAUUCUCGACCUAAAGAUGGGCACUCGACAACAUGGUGAUGACGUCCCGGAGGCCAAGAAACAGAGCCACAUCAAAAAGUGUGAACAGUCGACCUCCAGUGUCCUUGGUGUUCGUAUCUGUGGCAUGCAGGUGUACCAGGCCAACACCCAGAAAUACAUCUGUCACAACAAAUACUAUGGUCGUAGUCUGACAGUGGAUGGCUUUAAAGAGGCUCUGUGCCAGUUCUUACACAAUGGCCACCAGCUGCGGACAGAACUUGUACACGAGAUAGUGAAACGUCUACAGGCCUUACACGAAAGUGUGACAGAGCAGGACACAUUCCGCUUCUACUCUAGCUCACUUCUUAUUAUGUAUGAUGGCAUGGUGGGUAACGGCAAUGGGGCCUCUGGUGGUAGACCGUCCCACUCGGCCAGGGAGCGUGGUAGACCGUCCCACUCGGCCAGGGAGCGUGAACUAGACCAUGAGGACAGUGACAGUAACACAAGUUCUGUGUCGGAGGGAGAUCAGCCCUCCAAUAGCCACUACCAUGGAUGGGUCCCAAAUGUGAAUGUGAAAAUGAUAGACUUUGCACACAGUACACACAGUGGUUUUCAGGGUGACAAAACUGUACACAAGGGGCCAGACCAGGGCUAUCUCCUUGGCCUUGCAAAUCUCAUCAAAAUGUUCAAUGAAAUUGUAGAUAGACCCCUCCCUGUGUAACAAUUCAUAGUCUGUGCAUAUUGACACGUGUUUAUGAAUUUUGUAAUUCUUAUGAUGUCGAUACCUCAGGCAAAAUUCACUGGACAUUUCCAAUGGCAGUCUGUCUCCGUCUUAUCUGAGGUGUAGAGGUUACAUGGAGGUCAGCUAGAUGACCGGGGUCAUCUAGGCUAACAUGUUCAUAUCACGUACUACUGGGCGAUAUAGAAUCAGUGUAUGUUGCUUGUAUUUGUAUAUAUAUAUACUUGAUCAGAAGAUCUCUUUCAUUUUUUCCACAAAAAGCAUAUUGUCUCAUCAUUCAUCCUGAUUAACAGGACAUAACAGAGAUAAUAUGUUGGAGAUUAGAGUAUGUUAUACUCAUAUCAUACAUAUGUUGGCCUAACUUAGCACUUCUGUUACAUGUAUGAGUUUGUGAAUAGGCUUUGUUAGCUUCUGAAUUUUAUAUGAACACAUGUACAUGUAUUAAAAAUCACUUCACCAUUCUUUUCUCUAGUUGAUUAACUGGAAAUCGGAUUCGUUACUGAAGAUUUCCUAUAUGAUAGCAGGUUUCGUAGUUAAUUUUAAUAUUUCCAAAAUGUCACCAUCAUUAUUAUGAUGAAAUUCUUCAUGAAUUGUCAGUCUUGGAUGUUUUUAGUAUUGUAACCGGUUAGUUUUGAUUGCUUGUGUAUAUAACAACUCAUGGAUUGUAAUUGGUUUAAGUAUUAUUAAGAGCUUCAUCAAUUUUGCACACUGAUUUUAAUAUGUUGAUAACUUUUCAUCUAUCAUUUUAAUCAUUUUAAUGGUCACUAUAUUGAUUAUUGAUAUUCCAUCAAUAUGUUUCAUAUGGGUAUUUAUUUAUCAAAAAUCUGAGUGAUGUCUUCAAAAGGCAUGAACAUCAGCAUAUGUAUGAAGGUCAAGGUUGCAACCAUAGCCGAUAUGAAGGUCAUAAAGAGGCUACAUUAAGAGAUGACCUCAGAAGGCAAGAGGUCGUGUUGGUGACCUGAUCAAGGUCAUGGAGUUGACCACAGUAAAGAGGAGAGAUGUGAGCUCAGAUAUAUACAGAGGUGCAAUAUGUGUUGUGCAGAUAUUCUGUGAACUUAGCCAUACUUGACCAGUUUACAUGUAAGUUUUACUGUUGCAUGGUAAUUAAUGGACAUAUUUAUAUAUCUCAACAUAUUUUAUACAGAGCUGUUGAUUUUUAAAGAAAAAUGUCUACAUGAUAUUUAAAACGAUUUCUUAUCUGAAUAUUUUCCACAUUAAUACAUUUACCUCACGUACUCAAUUAUUACUCCAGUAAUGCUUUUCUGUGGAACGGUAUAUGUUAAGGAAUUUUGGUCCAUUCUUAUCUCAUAUUCAUACAGACUUGUUUAUCUUAUUUGACACAUAUAAUGACUGUUACAUUAAUGGUAGUGGAUACAGGAUUCAUGGAUUCCAAGUAUUGAGGUCAUUAAGUAUACCAGUUGAUAUAUAUUUGUGAUCCAUUAGCUCAUACGUACUACUUUGUUUACCUGUUACAGAGUUGUGUUGUUAUUUAUCAUGUUUAUUAGUCAUGUCCAGCUAAUUAUUGUUUGAUGUUAACUCUAUAUCCUCUGUGGACCCAUGUUUAAUACGAGAAAUCGUAUGUAUGGGUUUAGUUACCGAUGGCUGUAUUUCACCAGUUAUAAAAGUCACUCUUUACUCAUAACCUGCUCAUUAUAUUUUUCUUUAACCGGUAAUUAUAACGAUUCUGUUAAUUAACAGAGGUUUAACAGAGAAUUGUAAAUACGGGAUGUUUCACUGUGUAUUAACAGUAACUUCAACAUACUCAACUUUGUGUAUUACAGAAAUGUAUGGCUGUAUUACACGGACUAUGUAGUGAUAUACAGAAAUGUAUGGCUGUAUUACAUGGACUAUGUAGUGAUAUACAGAAAUGUAUGGCUGUAUUACACGGACUAUGUAGUGAUGUACAGAAAUGUAUGGCUGUAUUACACGGACUAUGUAGUGAUAUACAGAAAUGUAUGGCUGUAUUACACGGACUAUAUAGUGAUAUACAGAAAUGUAUGGCUGUAUUACACGGACUAUGUAGUGAUAUACAGAAAUGUAUGGCUGUAUUACACGGACUAUGUAGUGAUAUACAGAAAUGUAUGGCUGUAUUACAUGGACUAUGUAGUGAUAUACAGAAAUGUAUGGCUGUAUUACACGGACUAUGUAGUGAUGUACAGAAAUGUAUGGCUGUAUUACAUGGACUAUGUAGUGAUAUACAGAAAUGCAUGGCUGUAUUACAUGGACUAUGUAGUGAUAUACAGAAAUGUAUGGCUGUAUUACACGGACUAUGUAGUGAUAUACAGAAAUGUAUAGCUGUAUUACACAGACUAUGUAGUGAUAUACAGAAAUGUAUGGCUGUAUUACACGGACUAUGUAGUGAUAUACAGAAAUGUAUGGCUGUAUUACACGGACUAUGUAGUGAUAUACAGAAAUGUAUGGCUGUAUUACACGGACUAUGUAGUGAUAUACAGAAAUGUAUGGCUGUAUUACACAGACUAUGUAGUGAUAUACAGAAAUGUAUGGCUGUAUUACACAGACUAUGUAGUGAUAUACAGAAAUGUAUGGCUGUAUUACACGGACUAUGUAGUGAUAUUCAGAAAUGUAUGGCUGUAUUACACGGACUAUGUAGUGAUAUACAGAAAUGUAUGGCUGUAUUACACGGACUAUGUAGUGAUAUACAGAAAUGUAUGGCUGUAUUACACGGACUAUGUAGUGAUAUACAGAAAUGUAUGGCUGUAUUACACGGACUAUGUAGUGAUAUACAGAAAUAUAUGGCUGUAUUACACGGACUAUGUAGUGAUAUACAGAAAUGUAUGGCUGUAUUACAUGGACUAUGUAGUGAUAUACAGAAAUGUAUGGCUGUAUUACACGGACUAUGUAGUGAUAUACAGAAAUGUAUGGCUGUAUUACAUGGACUAUGUAGUGAUAUAUUAUAUGGACAGAUGUCUUUAUAUAUUAUUUAAGAUGUAUUUAUGUUAAGUUUACAUUAAGUUUUACAUGAACAUUAGUUAGUGUUUGUGAGGAAUCUCCUGUCAUUAUGCUAUAUUGAGCUUCAUGCUAAUACAACUAUUGGCCAGAGGCAAUAUGUAAGUUUACCAUGUUGAUAAUCACCUUUUGAACUGCCACUAGUGACAUAAUGUAAUCUUGGUAUAGUUGCUUCCCUUUAUUGGUUGUAAGCUUAAUUUCAAAUUGCUUUAUAGCCUUUGUCAAGUUACCAUUCAUACUAAUUAAAUAAAAGCCAACUGAAAGCCGAUCAUUGUUUAUAAACAGAAACAAAAUGAUGACAUGUGUGUCCAUAAUUAAUGAGUAUCACCCUCUAACAGAGCUGCAGAUUAGUUUGGAAUCAAUGAAAGAUUAACAAGAUAAAGAGGAUCUCGGAUUUUUUUUUUGAUUUUUUUUUUUAGGUUUUUGUGAGACUAGUGCAAACAUACUUUGUAGUAUUCAUUUUAGUUGGGAUUCUUCCUUAAAAAUAACGCCUUUGUCAAGUAAACUUUGAUAUACUGCCAUUUUUUGGCUUGUCACUUUGAUAUACUGCCAUUUUUUGGCUUGUAAAAUUUUGGCAUUAUUACGGAUUUAGAAAUACACUGUACAUAAAAACGUUUCCAAGAAAAGGAGGUUUUGAAAUCUAAAUGUGAAAGAACAAAAAAGGGAGAUAAUUCUUGGCUGUACAGUAUAAGAUCUUUAUAUAAAACAGGCCAGUUGUGUCCUGGCUGUGUAAUAUUAUGAUCUAGUGUGAUAUUUAAUUAUGACAAUAUAAAUCUUUAACUACAACAUUUUAUCCCUUAUUUGACUGUGUAUAUAAUAGAACUGGUAUUGUGUUCUCACUAAACUCAGAACAGUGUCUGUUUUGUGGUUCUUGUUGUUUUUUGUUGUAUGUUUGUAUAAUUUCUUAAAUUUGUGAUAAAAUUGAUCUGAUGUGAUUUUCCUAGAAUUAGAGGAGAAAAACUUUAGUCUCUUUGUAUCAGUUUUAAGAUAAUGAUUUAGUUGUAUUAUUGACGAUUUGAUGAUAAAGGUAUUGAGUGUAAUCACUGGAUAUUAUCGCUGUAAGGUUUUGAGUGUAAUCACUGGGUUUUAUCGCUGUAAGGUAUUGAGUGUAAUCACUGGAUAUUAUCGCUGUAAGGUAUUGAGUGUAAUCACUGGGUAUUAUCGCUGUAAGGUAUUGAGUGUAAUCACUGGGUAUUAUCGCUGUAAGGUAUUGAGUGUAAUCACUAGGUAUUAUCGCUGUAAGGUAUUGAGUGUAAUCACUGGAUAUUAUCGCUGUAGGCACAUCACAUUAUUAGCGUUUAAUAUGUCACUACUACUGUCCUAAGUGUUGAAAUGUCUCUCUGCUGAAAAGCUUACCUUGCUUGUUUUAGGAACAAACAUUUCUUUAUUGGUGAAAUAUUGAAAUCUAUGUGUCUAAGCCCACAAUGUUAAUGCCACCAACAGCUUUUUCUCUAGGUGGAUCACACUUGACCAAACUUAUAAUUUGUGUAGUGGUUAACAAUGAAAUGUGGACAGGGAAGUUACCAUUGUUGCUUUUUGUUAUGAUAAUUUGAUGCAGAACUGUAAGUUUGUGUUGUACCAGCGAAGUACUAUAUAUAUAUAUACACCGAGUGAGGGAGUUAUCUGCCCUCUACAUGUAGUGAGGGAGUUAUCUGCCCUCUACAUUGUAGUUAGGGAGUUAUCUGCCCUCUACAUGUAUUGAGGGAGUAAUCUGCCCUCUACAUUGUAGUUAGGGAGUUAUCUGCCCUCUACAUGUAGUUAGGGAGUUAUCUGCCCUCUACAUGUAGUGAGGGAGUUAUCUGCCCUCUACAUUGUAGUUACAGUGUAGGGAGUUAUCUGCCCUCUAAAUUGUAGUUAGGGAGUUAUCUGCCCUCUACAUGUAGUUAGGGAGUUAUCUGCCCUCUACAUGUAGUGAGGGAGUUAUCUGCCCUCUACAUUGUAGGGAGUUAUCUGCCCUCUACAUUGUAGUUAGGGAGUUAUCUGACCUCUACAUGUAGUAAGUGAGUAAUCUGCCCACUACAGUGUAGUGAAGGAGUUAUUUACCUCAUUUCUACCACCCACAGAGUGGUGAGGGAAUUAUCUACCACCCACAGAGUGGUGAGGGAAUUAUCUACCACCCACAGAGUGGUGAGGGAAUUAUCUACCACCCACAGAGUGGUGAGGGAAUUAUCUACCACCCACAGAGUGGUGAGGGAAUUAUCUACCGCCCACACAGUGGUGAGGGAAUUAUCUAUCGCCCACAGAGUGGUGAGGGAAUUAUCUACCACCCACAGAGUGGUGAGGGAAUUAUCUACCACCCACAGAGUGGUGAGGGAAUUAUCUACCACCCACAGAAUGGUGAGGGAAUUAUCUAUCGCCCACAGAAUGGUGAGGGAUUUUAUCUACCACCCACAGAGUGAUGAGGGAAUUAUCUACCACCCACAGCGUGGUGAGGGAAUUAUCUACCACCCACAGAGUGGUGAGGGAAUUAUCUAUCGCCCACAGAGUGGUGAGGGAAUUAUCUAUCGCCCACAGAGUGGUGAGGGAAUUAUCUAUCGCCCACAGAGUGGUGAGGGAAUUAUCUAUUGCCCACAAAGUGGUGAGGGAAUUAACAGCCCAUUACAGUGUGGUGAAGGAGUUAGCAAUCCUGACUACAGGGUUGUGUGGGAUAUAUCUAUGUGCUCUGAAUUGCUGACAGAGUGGUGAGUUAUCUGCCCUCUACAGAGUUGUGGAGGAGGUAAAUGCCCUCUACAUUGUGGUAAGGGGUGUGUCUGACCACUACGGAAGGGAGUUAUCUGCCCUCUGAUGUGGGCCAUUAUGACACUAUAAUGAUUGACAUAUUCAUUGGUAAGGACAUUUUGUGACAAGAGAUCAAUGAGUAAGUAAGUAAGGGGAAACCUAGACAUUCCUUCAACUCAGGGCAGGGUUGAAUGGAUCACUUAUUAUUCAGUUUAUACUUUUGGUGAGACAUGUGAAAAGGAAAUUUCAAAGCCAGUGCCUACCCUGUAUGUGGAUUGUUGAUAAAAGUGUACUUAUUAUUGUAACCUUACAGGUGAGGAUCACCAGUUCUAAGGUAUCCAGGGCUGCAUGUUUUUGUUCUUAAUUCUUUAGCUUUUGUUAUAGUAUGUAGGUCAGGUAGCGUUAUAAAUACAGAGUUACCAUGGCAACAGUAUUACCAAGGUCACUACAUACUGACUAAUGUAACCAUGGUGACAGUCUCCAUUUAGUUUUCAUUUUGGUAACAAAAUGGACCAUUAAGAUCACAAAUCUGUAGCAUCAUUGUUAUGGUAGUCAAGGUUUUCUGUGGGAAGUUUCUGUAAGCAUCAUUUAUCCAGUGUAUCAAACCUGUUGUGACUGUACACUACAGCGUAUCCAUGACAUGUUAUGGUAUGAAUACAUGUAUCAAACCUGUUGUUACUGUACACUUCAGCGUAUCCAUGACAUGUUGUGGUAUAAAUACAUGUAUCAAACCUGUUGUGACUGUACACUUCAGCGUAUCCAUGACAUGUUAUAGUAUAAAUACAUGUAUCAAACCUGUUGUGACUGUACACUUCAGCGUAUCCAUGACAUGUUAUGGUAUAAAUACAUGUAUCAAACCUGUUGUGACUGUACACUUCAGUAUAUCCAUGACAUGUUGUGGUAUAAAUACAUGUAUCAAACCUGUUGUGACUGUACACUUCAGUAUAUCCAUGACAUGUUGUGGUAUAAAUACAUGUAUCAAACCUGUUGUGACUGUACACUUCAGUAUAUCCAUGACAUGUUGUGGUAUAAAUACAUGUAUCAAACCUGUUGUUACCGUACACUUCAGCGUAUCCAUGACAUGUUGUGGUUUAAAUACAUGUAUCAAACCUGUUGUGACUGUACACUUCAGCGUAUCCAUGACAUGUUAUGGUAUAAAUUUAUUGAAAUAGGAAAAAUGAAAUUGAAAUCACACUUUAACUAUUUGACUCAAUAAAAAUGCCUUUACUCAG